AUGGUCUAUCCCGGCCAGCUACAUUACUCCCAAUUCCAGGUGCCCAUACUGGACAGGCCCGUCGACGACCCGGGUCGCAAGUUGCGCGUCGUCUGCGUUGGCGCCGGUAUCUCGGGCAUCACGUCGGCCAUCCGAUUCAACCAACACCUGGGAGAGGACAUUACCUUCCAAAUCUACGAGAAGAACAAUGAUGUCGGCGGUGUCUGGCUCGAGAACCGCUACCCCGGCGUCGCAUGCGACGUGCCCGCCGCUUGCUUUGCCUUCCUCUUCGAAGAUAACCCGGACUGGUCGUCGUACUACGCUUCCGGGAAAGAAAUCCAGGAGUACAUCGUCAAGGUCGCGGACAAGUACCAGACACGACAGUACAUGAAAUUCAACCACGUCGUCAAGGGCGCGCAAUGGGACGAGGACCGCGGGGUGUGGAAGAUGCAGAUUCAUGACACAACUCGAGACACGAUGAUCCACGACGAGGCAGAUAUUCUCUUGCUCGGCUGGGGACAACUUAACAACUGGGCGUUCCCCGACGUUCCUGGACUACACGAUUUCAAGGGACCCUACAUGCACAGCGCAAACUAUAACGAGUCGUUCGAUCUAACAGGAAAGGUCGUUGCCCUCGUGGGUGGUGGCUCUACGGGAGUCCAGGUGCUUCCGGAGAUUCAGCCCAAGGCGAAACAAGUGCAUCAAUACAUGAGAUCCAGAAAUUGGAUUGCCCCUGUAGGCUUUGGCGCUGGGGAGCUGAUUAAACGCGGGGCCUUGGAGGCCGGCAACUUCAAAUACCCCGAAGACGAACGACGCAAGUGGGCGCAAGACCCUGCCUCGUACCACGCAUACCGCCGCUACAUCGAAGAUAACAUGAUGGAGUACAUGAGCGAGAACAGCUUCAAAUACGGCAGCGAGGAACAAAAGAAGACGCACGCCGAGUUUGACAAGCACAUGAAGGAGGCACUCAGGUCCCGCCCCGAAAUUCUCCAAUCUCUGCUCCCCGAUUUCCCCCCCGGCUGCCGCCGCCUCGUGCCCGGCCCUGGAUAUCUAGAGGCUGUCGUCAAGGAGAACGUCAAGUGGAUUCCCAAGGAGAUUCAAUGUGUCAAGGAGAACGGUAUUGUGACGGCGGAUGGUGAGCUGCACGAAUGCGAUGCUAUUAUCUGGGCCACUGGGUUCCUCGCCGACUUCCGCAGCCGAUUCCCCAUGGUCGGACGAGACGGCAUCACCUGGGCACAGGUCAUGGAUCCCGAGCCAGAGGCCUAUCUCGGCGUCAUGGUCGACAAGAUGCCAAAUUGCUUUCUGUACCUGGGACCCAACGCCGCUCCGGGCGCAGGGAACGCCUACCUUACUUCCGAGCUAGAGUGUGCGCUGGCCAUUCGCUGCGCCAAGAAGAUGCUCCGCGAGAAGAUCAAGUCGAUUUGUGUGAGGCCCGACAGACUGAAGCAGUAUGUUGCCCAUACGGCGGAGUACUUGAAGGGAACUAUAUUUGGCCAACCAUGCAAAUCUUGGUUCAAGCGCGGAGAUCCCAACGGUCGGAACAUUGCCUACUAUCCCGGUAAUUCGCUAAACUCGAUGGUUGCCCUUGAGUAUACUCGGUGGGAGGACUUUGAGUAUACCUACCUUAACGAGUUGAACGGAAACCCCAUGGGCUGGCUGGGUAAUGGCUAUGUCAAGGCCGACUACGACGGAAGUUCGCGGACGGCCUACCUCAACCCGGCGAACAUUGACUAUCCUCCCGUGCCGCAGCCCAAGGCAUUGCAAGCGAAGGGAGUGAAGAAGGAAGAGACUGAUCAGCUUGCCAAGGCUAAGAGUGGUUCUGCAGUCCACGUUGAGGAGUUCAAACCCGUUACGGCUGUUGCAUAG